AAAGCGACAAAUUUUACAGUUUGUGGAAUUUUGUGGAUUAGGGUUUUCAUUAUCAGUUUCAUUUCACCAAUCCACAAUAAUUCCACAGACACCAAAAGAAAAAGAAAACAACUUAACAUUAUUAAAUUCCAGUCUUUGUCUCCACCUCCAUUAUUGUUAUUCAAUAUCAAGCUUUAUUGGCGCGUGUCUUUCUCUUUCCUUGAAUUUUUUUUGGCUAUAAAAAUCAAAGCUUUAACUGAAGAAUUCAGCAGCGUUUCUUGCUUUGGGUCUGCUGAAUCAUUGACCUCGAAUUCUGGCGUUUGAUUGGUUUGGUUUUGGGUGCUUUUCUUGAAGGGGGAGAACUGGGUUUUCUCAAGUUUGCUAUCUGGGAAAUUGGGUUUGGGUUUCCUCCCCUUGUUGAUAUUGAAAGUCCAGCUAAUGGUUGUAAAGAUCCACCUUCAACUGUGAUAUAUUGAAGAAUUACUUGUGUUUUCAAUUCAAUUCAAUUCUGAUACUUUGUUUAAGCUAAAGGUAAAUUUGGAUACUUUUGCUCCUGGGAUUUUAUUUUACUUUGGAUUUUCAAAAUAUCUGCCCCAAAACGAAUUGUGCAUUCAUUUCACCUUCAACUGUGAUAUAUUGAAGAAUUACUUGUGUUUUCAAUUCAAUUCAAUUCUGAUACUUUGUUUAAGCUAAAGGUAAAUUUGGAUACUUUUGCUCCUGGGAUUUUAUUUUACUUUGGAUUUUCAAAAUAUCUGCCCCAAAACGAAUUGUGCAUUCAUUUCACCUUCAACUGUGAUAUAUUGAAGAAUUACUUGUGUUUUCAAUUCAAUUCAAUUCUGAUACUUUGUUUAAGCUAAAGGUAAAUUUGGAUACUUUUGCUCCUGGGAUUUUAUUUUACUUUGGAUUUUCAAAAUAUCUGCCCCAAAACGAAUUGUGCAUUCAUUUCACAAUCAACUUGGUAGCAUUUGCAAAGGACCAACCUUUGUGUUCUCAGCAAGAAUUCAAUAUUUGUGAAUUUUUGGCUGUUUGGGUCAUUGUGUCUGAAAAUCCUCUUCAUCUAGCUUGUGUUUGCUCUUCCCCUCAUCCUCAAUCUGAAAAAAAAAAAAAAAAAGAGUACAUAAUUUGGCCGUUGGACAAAAUUUUUAUUGAAGCAAAUAUUUGUAGGUGGUUGAGCUGCUUUAUAGAUUUUCCAUAAGCUUUAAACCUUUGUUUUGAAGAUUUUUAAGAUAUCACAAGAUGACGAUUGGAAAUCUUGCACCAAAGAAGGAAAAGAAGUCACGAAAGAGCAAAGGAGUUAUUGAUGAGAAUGCCCCCUUGUUGCCCAAAGGGCAAGAGGAUGUUGUGUUUGAUGAGUUUAAUGGAGCUUCCUUUACUGGAGCAGUGUUCAAUUUAUCAACCACAAUUGUUGGUGCUGGGAUCAUGGCUUUGCCUGCAACCAUGAAAGUGUUGGGCCUUGUCCUUGGAAUUUCCAUGAUCAUCUUUAUGGCCUUCUUGACCGAAGCUUCAAUUGAACUGAUACUUAGGUUCAGCCGAGCUGGGAAGUCUGCUUCUUAUGGAGGUCUUAUGGGGGAGGCCUUUGGAAAAUAUGGGAAGGUUUUGUUACAGAUAUCUGUUCUAGUCAACAACCUUGGCGUGCUUAUUGUCUACAUGAUUAUUAUUGGUGAUGUGCUUUCGGGAACAUCUUCAAGUGGUGUUCACCAUGCUGGUGUACUUGAAGGAUGGUUUGGAGAACACUGGUGGACUGGGCGUGCCAUUAUUCUUCUUGUCACCACACUUGGCAUAUUUGCUCCAUUGUCAUGCUUUAAGCGAAUCGAUUCAUUGAGCUUCACAUCUGCCUUAUCAGUUGCACUAGCAGUUGUAUUUCUUGUUAUUACUGUUGGAAUUACGGUCGUCAAGUUGUUCAAUGGAAGCAUUGCGAUGCCCAGAUUGUUACCUGAUGUUACCGACGUUUCAUCAUUCUUCAAACUCUUCACUGUAGUCCCUGUUCUUGUCACUGCAUACAUUUGUCACUACAAUGUCCACAGUAUCCACAAUGAACUUGAAGACUCGACGCAGAUAAGAGGGGUUGUGCAAACCUCACUUGCUUUAUGCUCAUCCGUUUACAUAAUGACAAGCCUUUUUGGGUUCCUCCUAUUUGGGGACGGAACUCUUGACGAUGUGCUUGCCAACUUUGACACCAACCUUGGCAUACCUUACAGUUCCGUGCUCAAUGAUGCUGUUCGUGUCAGCUAUGCUGCUCACCUUAUGCUUGUGUUUCCCAUUGUCUUCUUCCCAUUGCGGCUCAACUUGGAUGGCCUCCUCUUUCCCUCUGCAAGGCCGUUGGUUCUGGAUAAUAUGAGAUUUGCACUGGUCACCGUUGGGCUCAUAAGUGUUAUCUUCUUGGGUGCAAACUUUAUCCCCAGCAUCUGGGAUGCUUUCCAGUUCACUGGAGCAACUGCUGCAGUUUGCCUUGGGUUCAUUUUUCCUGCUGCAAUUACUCUCAAGGAUCGACACAACAUAGCAACUAAGAAGGACAAGAUCUUGAGUGUUUUUAUGAUUGUACUAGCUGUGUUCUCAAACGUGGUGGCCAUAUAUAGUGAUGCCUAUGCCUUGUUCAAGAAUUCAUCACGGCGUGAAUGAUAUCCGAUGUGAGGACAUGCCGGAAGGUGCUCAUGUUUUUAGUGAAGACCAACUGGCUGGAUCCAAACUGUAUUAGAAAACCAGGGUUUUCUGAGAGCGUUCAAUAAAAAAAUAAAGGAACACUCUGCACAAUGUAUAAAAUGUUAGUUUGCUUAGUGCAAGAAGCGGGCAAUGGAAUUCACUGCCCUCCGCACAUGUGUUGUAUUACAUUGUUCUUCACAUUGAACUCUUUUUUGUACCAAAAUGAAGUGAGCUUUGAGAAAUACAAAUAUGUAUUAUAAAUUUGUUAUGCAAUUUUCUUUGCACAA